UGAUUUUUUUUAGAAAUGAUAAUGCAUCGGUAACAUUUAUCCAAAAUUGUUAAGAAAUAUUUCAUCAAGCCUAAUCUUUUCAAAAAUUUAUUGAAUGAAAACAAACAAACUAAUGUUUUGUCCGAGUGACCGGAAGCGAGUGAUUCGCACAUGCCACUUCCUGUUGCAUGCAUCCAUAGCCAGGCAAAAUUGAAAAAAUGGAAAGUAAACGCCUUGAAAUAUCUGAACCUGAGGUACAGAAGGCAGUUGCAGGCCUACUGAAGCUGUCCAAAGUUUCCGAUAAGAAAUCGGACAUACUUCAAGACAGGCAAAAGAUUCAAUUAGUAAUUAUCAUGAAGAAAAUCCCAAACCUGCCAGAACUGACCAUCAAAAUGAAUCUACCACAUGGCCUUUUCACACCUGACACUGACGUUUGUCUGUUUGUUAAAGACAUUGACAAAACGAGUCGUGAGUUUGAAUUAACAGAGGACCAUUUUAGAGACCUGCUGAUGGACAAAGGAGUAAACUGUGUCAGAAAGGUUAUACCAGUGAAAGCGUUGAAGUUGGAAUACAAACCGUACGAAGCCAAGCGUAACCUGUCCAACGAGUUUGACAUAUUUUUAGCAGAUGAGCGCAUCGCGAGACUAUUACCAUCUCUUCUUGGAAAGAAUUUUUAUGGGCGAAAAAGAAAUCCCAUUCAAGUGAAUUUAGAGGUUAAAAAUUUGAAAGAAGAAAUUUCAAAGGCAGUCAACAAUACCAGAUGUGUCCUAAAGAACAAAGGAUCUUCAAGCAUGGUGACAAUUGGUCAUUCAGAACAGACGAAGGACCAGAUUGUGGAAAACAUCCUCAAGGCUGUUGAUCAACUGGCACAGAAAUUCCCCGGUGGACCAGACAACAUCCGAAGUCUUCAUAUUAAAACUGAAAGCUCUAUGUCCAUUCCUUUCUACAUGACAGUUGAUGCUGGAGACUCUGUUGUGUUCCCUGAGAGGCAGAAAAAGAAAAAUACAUCUAUCACAGAAGAAAUCACCACAGUAAUGAAUGCUAAGGUCAGGGUCACAGCAGAUGGUCAGGUCAAGAUCGUGAAGAGUGGUGUUCAGAAAAAUAAGAGGAGGAAGAGGAAAUCUUCAGGAAAUAAAGAUACAAAAAGUGGGGCAAAGAAAGACGGUACUGCUGAUGGUGAGGAAGUGAAAAUCAAAGUGGAGUACGAUUCCCAAGAAGAAGAACCGAUUGUGAAGAAAGCCAAGACACCGAAAAAGGAGAUGGUUGUCACUCCAGGUGGGAGCAAAUCACAGAAAAAAACUCCCAAAUCUGGAAUUCGGAGAGGUAUUGAUUCAGUCAAAAGAGAGACUGAUACUCCUAAAAUUAGUCAAGCUCCUAAUGAAAAUGUUCAGACAAUGCAGACACCAGCAAGUGUAAUGAAAUCAAAAUCAAAAACACCCAAAUCUCUGAAAAUGGACAAAACCCCAAAAAGUGUAAACAAGGAGAAGAGGUUGCAGGGUAAAACCCCCAAAAGUGCUACUAUGGAAAAAGCCGCCAAGAAGCUGAAGGAGAUAACUCCCCCUAAAGUGAAACGGCUGCAGUCCAACGUCAAAGUACUGACCCCAGAUACCCCGGCAAGGAAACAGAAGAAAAACUGAACAGCUCUCCAAAAACUGUCAUUGUUUCAGUAAAAUCCCUUUCAUUA